AUGAUAAAACAGGUGAUAAUUGGGGUUGUGUGUGGUGCUGCCGUACUGACUGUAGGCAUCCUAAUUGGUCACUUUGGUAUUGCCAAGAGCGGCACCUCUGCACCAUUGUGGCUGGAAGAUGUGGCGAAGGAUGUGGAUGAGAGCCUCAUUGAGAAGUUCAUGUCGGAGGUGGACAACAUCCAGAUUCAGGAAAAUCUCAGGAGCCUGACAAAAGUGCCCCAUAUGGCUACCACAGCUGGAGAUGAGGAGACUGUACAGAUAAUGCUUAAGAGAUGGCAAGACCCUGAAACUGGACUAGACAAGGCCUGGAGAGAGGAGUACUGGGUCUACCUGUCCUUCCCUGACAAAAAUAACCCUAAUACAGUCACUGUAGUGAGCCCAGACGAUACGGUGCUGCACACAAUAAGAGAAAAAGAAAAGCCUUACACUCCGGACCAAAGUGAUCCAGAGGUGGUUCAGCCGUACGCAGCAUACUCCCCUGCAGGACAUGUAAAGGGGAAAUUGGUUUAUGCCAAUCAGGGGAAGCCAAGUGACUACAGUGAACUGAACAAGACAGUGGACCUCAGAGGAACUAUUGCUAUCACCAAAUAUGGCGGAGCAGGAAGAUCGGCUAAAGCCAUCAAUGCAGCACCAUAUGGCGUCGUUGGAGUGCUUGUCUAUACAGAUCCUUUGGACAUGAACGAUGGUCUCAUGUCAGACGCCAAUGAGACGUAUCCUCACUCCUGGUACAUGCCACCCACUGGCGUGGAAAGAGGUUCCUACAGCAUUGACUUUGGAGACUUGCUGACACCUCACUUGGCUGCCAAAGAGGAAACAUACAGAAUCAAUGCCACAGACAUUACAGGCAUUCCUCCUAUUCCAACUCAACCAAUCGGAUUUGAGGACGCCUAUCGAUUAAUCUGUGAGUUGGGAGGAGAACCAGCUCCAGAUGCAUGGCAAGGAGGAUUCAACUGUACCUACAAUUUUGGUGGUCCAGGGUUCAAACCUACAUCCAGUUUCAGCAACAGUGAUGUCAAACUGGACAUCUACAACUAUGAAGAGGUGAAACCCUCCUCUAAUGUAAUGGGUUUUAUCAGAGGAAGCGUGGAGCCAGACAGGUAUGUGAUAUAUGGCAACCACAGGGACAGUUGGGUUCAUGGCGCGAUAGAUCCAAGCAGCGGCACAUCAGUCAUGCUGGAAAUUACCAGGGUGCUGGGCAAGAUGGUCAAACAGGGCACCUGGAGGCCUCGUAGGUCCAUUAUUUUUGGAAGCUGGGGAGCUGAGGAGUUUGGCCUUAUUGGGUCCGCAGAAUACACAGAGCAAUACUUUGCAGCACUCAGUGAACGAAGUGUUGCUUACAUAAACGUGGACAUUGCAGUCUUUGCUAAUGCUACUCUCGGAGCUUCAGGCAUGCCAUCAGUGCAGAAUGUCAUCUUUAAAGCUGCAAAACAGGUCAAAGCACCUGGCCACGAAAAAUCUGUGUAUGACAACUGGUUAGAGUACACAAACAAAAUCAGCCCCACCCAUGGAUUAAUUCCCAGGAUGGGAUAUCUGACAGGAGCAGGGAGUGAUUAUGCUCCCUUCAGCCAUUAUCUAGGAAUCACCUCCAUGGACAUGUCAUACACAUAUGACAAGACUAAAACAAAUGCUCGGAUUUAUCCUGCAUAUCACACAGCAUAUGACACUUUUGACUAUGCUUCAAAGUACAUUGAUCCUGGAUUUCUCAGUCAUCAAGCUGUAGCAAGGACUGCAGGAAAUGUCCUGAUCCGACUGGCUGAUAGCUUGAUCCUGCCAUUAAACUGCGCUGACUAUGCUGAAAGUCUGGAGGAAUACCUCAGCACUGCUUUGAACCUAUAUGAGCAGAAACUUAAAACUAUGGAUAUUUCAAUGGAACCCCUAAAACAUGCAGUGACCAGCUUUCGUGCUGCAGUUUCUAAUUUGGAGAAGGUGAUUCAAAGUCCAGACCUGGCGAAUGAAACGCCGCUUAAGGUCAGAUGGAUCAAUGACCAACUCAUGCUUCUGGAUCGAGCUUUCUUGGACCCUCUGGCUUUCCCAGAUAAAUAUGGAUUUAGGCAUGUUAUCUGGGCCUCAAGCAGUGCUGGCAAACAAACCUUCCCAGGUUUAGCUGAUGCCUAUGCUAAUGCUGAGUCAUCAGGGCAGGCCAGCGACUGGGACAAAGUUCACUACCACCUGUCAGUAUUAAGCCAAGCCAUACUGGGUGCUGCCAGCACACUGACUGAUGACAUGCAGACUCAAACUUGGAGGAAGUAA